AUGGGCAAUCAACGUGUGUCUUUCAAGCGCUACGUCGAGGUGGGCCGUGUUGUCCUCGUUUCGAACGACGAGUCAAAGAACAAUCUCGCUACGAUCGUCGAGAUCGUGGACCAGAACAGGGGUGUGAUUGAUGGCCCAUCAACUGGCGUGCCCCGUCAGGUUAUGGCCUUCCGCAACAUGAAUCUGACCGGCUUCGUCAUCAAGGUCCCCCGCGGUGCUGGCACACCUGUUGUGAAGAAGGCAUUCGAGGCCUCUGGUGUCAAGGAGAAGUGGGAGAGCAGCAAGUGGGCUAAGACUCUCAAGGCUCGUGAAGCCCGCAAGAACACAUCUGACUGUACGUUGAUGGCCUUGUAUUUCGCCUGGGACACUUGUGCUGACAGAUUACUAGUUGACCGCUUCCGGAUUCAGGUCUUGAAGAAGCAGCGCCGCAGCAUUAUCGGCGCUGCUGCCAAGAAGGUCCAGGCCUAA